AUGCCAAUCGACGCUGCGACUUCAGCACUUAAUCUUUCUAUCGCACCUGCAACAGGAGGGACCGGCUUUGUUACUCCGCAAAGUCGUUCGUUCACCGUAUCAGUCAAUCCUGUAGUAUUGUUUUCUAUUCUGGAUCAUUACUUACGGAGACAAGAAAAUCAGGAUAGAGUCAUUGGCACACUGUUGGGUGUCAGGAGCGAGAAUGGUAACGAAGUAGAAGUAAGAAAUUGUUUCCCUGUUCCGCAUAACGAGACGCCCGAGCAGGUCGAAGUAGAUAUGGAAUGCCAUAGAAAUAUGUUUGAACUUCAUCGAAAAGUGAAUCCGAAAGAGUUAAUAGUUGGAUGGUAUGCAACCGGAUCGAAACUAAAUCAAUGGAAUGCACUCAUUCAAGACUUUUAUUCGAGGGAAGUGGCUCCAUUCCAAGCAAUACAUCUCACAAUGGAUACUAAUUUGCAGAACGAGGACAAACUGCUUGGAGUAAAAACAUACGUCAGUUCCCCAAUCGGCAUACCGGCCAAACCAGAGAACUGCAUGUUUUUGCCCAUUCCAUGUGAUGUAAAAUACUUUGAUGCUGAGAGAAGUGGACUUAAUCUGCUUGCCUCUACAAUGAAUAAUCCAGACAGGGCAACGUCACUAAUUUCUGACAUGGAUAAUCUGGAAAAUGCAAUAGUUUCAGUGCAGGAAAUGUUAGAAAGAGUUAAUGGUUAUGUACAUAAAGUAAUAAACGGUGAAAUGGAUCCGAAUGGUACAAUCGGACGAUUCUUAAUGGAUACCAUUUCAGUUGUACCAAAGAUUGAUAAGACGGAAUUUGAAAAGAUGUUUAAUGGCCAUCUACAAGACAUGCUAAUGGUCGUAUACUUGGCUAACAUUACUCGAACACAACUUGGAAUAGCAGAGAGACUCCAACUGCUUGUAUAA